AAAAAAAAUCCAUACGAGAGUGUUGUGGAAGAUGAACAGAAGCAUGACCUGGAAUCCCUGGAAGUUCUUCUUCCUUUGUAUUAUCCUUUUGCAUCUCGCAAUUGGUAAAGCAAAGGGCGCCGACGCUUAUAAUAAAGUUUGCAGUCAAGAAAAAAGCAGUGACAACAGCCCCUAUCAGACCAAUUUAAGGAUCCUCCUCUCUUCCUUAUCUUCCAACGCUGCAGCCAACGCCCACGGAUUCUACAACAGCACAAUCCUUGGCACAAACUCCUCUGAGACGGUCUAUGGCCUUUUCAUGUGCAGGGGUGAUGUUCUCUCUCACGCCUGCAAAGAUUGCGUUGCGAACGCAACCCAGACUCUGUCUUCAGACUGUUCCCUGUCCAAAUCGAGUGUGAUUUGGUACGAAGAAUGCAUGGUUCGGUAUUCCGAUCGCUUUUUCUUCUCCACUAUGAACACCACUCCUGGAUAUUGGAUGUGGAACGCGGCCAAUAUCUCCUCUAACUCAUCAAGCUUCAUGAAUUUGNUGGCCAACACCAUCCAAGAAACUGCACGCGAAGCAGCCAAUUCUACCAACAGGUAUUCAACAAAGCAAGAAAACUUAACGGAAUCUCAGACUCUUUACUGUCUAACUCAGUGCACACAAGACCUUUCACUCCAACAAUGCUCAGACUGCCUUGAUAUAGCAAUAUCAAAUAUUCCAACAUGCUGUAACGGAAAGCAAGGAGGAAGAGUUCUGUAUCCCAGUUGUAACAUCAGGUAUGAAUUGUACCCUUUCCACCGCGUCAACGAUGAGGCACCCAAAGGACUCGUCCCAGAGACAAAAUAUGAACACACAGAUUCUGAAUAUUCGGAAGAUCCUGGCUAUAUUUCUCACAACUGCUCAAACAACAAAAUUGACGCUGAUUUCCAAUCAAACCUCCAAACCCUCCUCUUUGACUUGUCUUCCAACGCCACCUCUAGAUAUGGAUUUCAGACGCAAGAGGGAACGGCGUACGGCCUCUUCAGGUGCCGUAUCGACAUUCCUGCUCGCCUCUGUGAACAAUGCAUAAAAAACGCAACGGACAGAAUAACCUCCGACUGUGGUUUGGCUUAUGCGGAGGCUGUAAUAUGGUACAAUCACUGUUGGCUUCGCUAUUCCGACAGAAAUUUCUUCUCCACCGUGGAAACAAGUCCGAGAUUUGGGAAUCUGAAUAUCAGCAACAGCAGUCCGAUACAGUCCUCUGUAGCUUCUGAAUUAUCGAACCAGUUAGCUAAGGUGGCCAACAUGACAGGGAACACUGAAAACAAAUUCCUGACAGAUGACUCUCUGAAAUUGAAUGAUGAGCAAAGAGUGUUUAUUCUUGGUCAAUGCUCAUUGGAUCUAUCAAGCCUUGAUUGCAGUGGGUGCCUCAGUGAUAUGAUUGGAACGGCAAUUCAAUGGAGCAGUUUGGGAAGCGUGGGUGGACGAGUUCUGUAUCCGAGCUGUAUUCUUCGCUUUGAAUUGUUCCAGUUUUACAAUCUCACGCCUCCCCCACCAGGUGGUCACUCAAGAACAAUUAUCUUGAUCAUUACUUCUAGCAUAGUUGCAUCAGGAAUACUUUUCAUCUUUUGUUAUUAUUUGAUACGAAGAAAGAACAGAAAAAACACUAGAACUAUUCUUCAAGAAAAUUUUGGACAAGAAAGUUCAACUAUAGAAUCUUUGCAAUUCAAUCUACCAAUAAUUGAAGCAGCAACAAGUAACUUCUCACAUGACAACAAAAUUGGAAAAGGUGGAUUUGGAGAAGUUUACAAGGGCAUUCUUUAUGAUGGACGAUCCAUUGCUGUAAAGAGACUUUCAACAAAUUCUAGACAAGGCAUACAAGAGUUUAAAAACGAGGUUCUAUUAAUAGCCAAACUUCAACACAGAAAUUUGGUGGCUUUCAUAGGAUUUUGUCUUGAUGAACAAGAAAAAAUACUUAUAUAUGAAUAUGUGCCAAACAAGAGUCUAGACUACUUCUUAUUUGAUACUAAACAAGAAAAAAUUUUAAGUUGGAGUGAGCGUCACAGAAUCAUAGGUGGCAUUGCUCGAGGAAUUGUAUAUUUACAUGAACAUUCUCGACUUAAAGUUAUACAUCGUGACCUUAAACCUAGUAAUGUACUACUAGAUGAAAAUAUGAAUCCNAAAAUUUCAGAUUUUGGACUUGCCAGAAUUGUUGAAAUAGAUCAAGAAGAGGAAAUUACAAAUAGAAUUAUUGGAACAUAUGGCUAUAUGUCUCCAGAGUAUGCUAUGUUUGGACAGUUCUCUGAAAAAUCUGAUGUUUACAGUUUUGGUGUUAUGGUUCUUGAGAUUAUAAGUGGAAAAAAGAAUAUAAGUUCAAAUGAAUCACAUCGUGUUGCUGAUGGUCUUCUAAAUUUUGUGAGUAUCAAAAUUUUGCAAGUUAUCUUACUUGAUCAUUAUUCAUGGGUAAUGUAUAAAGAAAACAAUUAUUAGAAAUACAAAAGUAUAAUGACACAUGCAAGUUUAAAAAUUUGUUAUAGGUUUGGAGACAUUGGAGGGAUGGAAC